CUAGGGCCGAUACACGGUCCCUCCGGCCCGUGGGCCGGAGCCGCAGCCCAGGGCCCCCUCCACUUGCCUGGGUAACCGCAUUCCAAUCGAGGGGGCUUCCUUGGUCAUCUUACGUACUUUAUUUUAUGCAUCUAAAGCCGCGAUGCUGAGAAGCGGUCCUUAGGGCCGAGGGGUGGUUAAGAAGCCCCGCGCCAGGGAGUCGGAUUGGAAAGCGACCUCUGGGCCUGCGGCCUCAGGUCCGUACGCUCUGCUCCUUACAGCCUUGGAGACUUGCCCAGAGACCACUGGGAGGCUGGGUGCCUUCCCAAAGUCACACGGCCAGGACGUGUUAGAGGCUGCUCGGGCCAGAUCUUCCCAGCUUCCAGGCCAGUGCUCUAACACCUCCAGCCUCUCCCAAGUAACUGACAAGAGGUGGCUAAACGGACUGUGAACCGACCAGGCCAGAUUGACAUGAGAGCGCAGGAAUUUGGUUUGUGCCAGAAUGGCUGGAUUCCUUUUGUGUGAGCCAACAACACUUUACAACAUCUUGAAUCAGGAAACAAAGCACUCCAGAUUAGCAGAGACCAACUAUCUAUAUUUACUAGAUGUACGCACCAAACGUGAGUAUGAUGAGAGCCACAUCAUCACAGCCCAGAGGAUGAAGCAGAAGGGAGGUGAAUAUGUUGUUCCAGAGUCGAUGGAUCUGGAAUGUGUGAAGUACUGCAUUGUGUAUGAUGGAAUAACCAACUCCUUGGAGGUGAAUUUUGAACUAGAGGAAAGAGAGAGUAUUGAAAAUUCUGAUGAAGAAGAAGAUAAUGUUGUGAUGGGGGCUGCCAUAGAGGGCGCCAAGGUCUUGGCGGAGCACACUCGGUACCCUGUGUACAUCCUGAAUGGGGGCUACGAGCGUUUCUCCGCUUGCUAUCAUUUCUUCAGGACUCAGAAGAUUUUCUCAAUGCCUCAGGAACUGGACGCAUUUCAGCCAUACCCAAUAGAGAUAGUGCCCGGACAGGUCUACUUGGGAACUUCCUGGCAGGCCUCCAAUUCUCAAAUGCAUAAGCACUUAAAAGUCAAAGCCCACGUCAACGUCUGCUUGGAAACAACACCCUUCUUUGAGGGAGAUAAGAAGAAACUGCUUCAUAUUGGAGUGACCGACUCCCCAGAAGAAGAUCUUUUCUCUCAUUUCCGGCAUGCCUCUCACUUCAUGGACGCCCAUGUUAAUCUUGGCUCUGUCGUCCUUGUUUUCUCUACCCUGGGAAUAAGUCGCAGUUGCACUGUGAUUUUGGCUUAUCUCAUGCAUCGGAACAGAGAAUCUUUAAAGAGAUCCUGGACCCAUGUGCAGAACUGUAAAAACAACAUUCGGCCCAACAGAGGCUUUGUGGAGCAGCUGGUAGAAUGGGAGAAGGUGAUCCAUGGGGCCGCUGUCACCGACAUUUCAGAUCCCCAUUACUGACCCUUCCCCAAAGCUUCCCAGAAAAACAAAGCCUUCUAUUUCUUCACUUCAGCUGGGGUCGACUCUUUGACCAGCCUGGGCCAGGAAGGAGGGAGGGGAUUCUUGUGGUUCCCCUCCUCAUCCUUUUAUUCCAGAAUUCCCAAGUAGUUGUGGCCUCCAGUCACGGCUUCAGGACAGUCCCCUUGGAGGUAUUGGAGAAACAAGGAAGGGCUAAAGGGAGGAAAAGAAGGAGGAAUCGGCCAAGUCACUUCUCCAUUUGGUAUCAGAUUUCUUCUUUGUAAAAUGAGGGGGCUGGAAUAGGUGAUUUCUGAGGUCUCUUCCAGUUCCCAGUCUUAUGAUGUGACAAAGCACUGUUACCUUCAUGCCUUUACAUCCUUGGUCCAAGUGGAACACAUCUGGAAACAGCUCUCCAGCAUGCCUGAAGAGGUGUCCUCCCCUCACUGCAGACCAAGCCAAAGUCAUUUAUACUCCUCCAGAACAGUUAGGUGGCUUCUCUUGAGCCCCUCUCCACUGAAGUGGUGCCUACACAAAGCUAAUCCUGUGCAUCAGAGAGGUUCCAUGGAUCUCUGAAGCUUCCUGAGAUGUGGUUUGGACUAAGCCGGACCUGUCACGUCAGGGCUGUCCCAACCGUUUUAGGAGUGCUGCGGAAUCCUGGGGUAGAGGAACUGGAAAGACAAAUAUUCUUCCAAGGGUGCUCUAUCCCCAACCAAAAUUCAACUAUUUCUGGGUCUCCAGCAGCUUUGAAAGCCUCAGUGAUCUCCCAGGUCCCAGUGAGAUUCCAAAUAGGGUGAGAGGGCCCCAGGCCCUGAAAAGUGGGGUGGGAUUACAUGGUAUCCUUCCUCACUGCAGGCACCACCUUCUGGCCCUUAAACCCUGACCAAGGAGAACCCUGCCUUCGUUUAGCCCAGAAGAAGGGGUCUGCAUCUUAUCCAUUGUUCCCAGUCCCAGUUACCUUUCUUCUUACUCAUCUCUGCUGGUCUGUGCUUCUCAAAGAACGACUCCCACAUUUCUAGAGGUAUUAGAACUCAACAGAGACUUCAUCCUAGGACCCUGGUCAAGUGCCAGGUCUCACUUAGAAUGCAGCCUGGGGAUGAGACGCCUUUGUGGGGCAGAUUCCUCCGAGGUUGGUGAGCUCAGUUGGCCGUCAGCUGAGUAUGGAAAGGGCGCAGGGUCUGGAUUCCAACCAGGCUUCUGCUACUUGACAGUCGCUUCCCCUCCCUGGGCUUCAAGGCCCUCAUCAGGAAAUGGGAGAGUUGGAUUUUAUGUUCUUCUCGUGAUCAAAACCCUCUGAAAGAAGUCCAGGGAAGAUCAGUACAGAGACUAUUAUCCCCUUUUUCACAAAUGGGGGAACUGAGGCUUAGAAAGGUAAACCCAGUGACUAAGAGCCAAAGCCAGGUCAUUCCUGACUGACUGCAUGUCCAGCAUUCUUUCUGCCCCAAUAAAUCUGCCUCUCAGGAGAACCAUUUAUGAUGUGAAAUACAAGGAAACCUAGGGAAUUGAGGACAUUGAACUCCUUAUCUGAGAGACAGUGUAGCAUAGUGGGUAGAGAGCCAGUCUUGGAGACCUGAGUUCAGGUCCUACCUUUGGCCCACACUGUGUGACCCUGGACAAGUCACAAUGACCUUUCAGUGCCCCCCAGACAGUCAUUGAGUUUUAUCCAUAGAGUUUACCCACUGGGACUUCCCUAUGCUAAUGAAAUCAUAGAUGUCAAAACCAAACCCAAACCAAUCCCUUGCUGAAGCAGCCACCAGCUACUCCACAAUUGUGACCUUUCUGCACUUUCCAGAUCUCAGAUAUCAAAGAGAGAUGGGCCUGUGGAAGUGGAGAGAGUGAGGUUGGGGCAAGGCAUGAGGGACAGAAAUCCCUCAUAAGGGAGUCAGACACAUUUGGGGACCAUAUUCCUCUACGCUUCUUGAUUGCAUCCGCAUCAAACCCGGAAAGAGAUGCAGAGAAGACUAUGACCUUGGGGGGGUGGCGCUCUAAGUUCCUCCUGGGGCAGGCCCAAGCCCCCAAGACAAGCUUCUAGAUGUAUCAGGCAAGAUGGCCAGAAGUCAGAGUGGAUGUUCCCCUGUGGGGGGCAGCCAGAGUGUGUGAGUUGCUUGUGCUCAGCAGGGUUUCUAUUCCUUUAAUCUUUAGACCAGUGAUUCUUUAUGUUUUUGUGUGUCUUAGACCCCUUUGGUGUGUGUCUAUUGAAGCCUGUGGACCC